AUGUUGCUGCUGCGAACAACCCAACGCUCGGUCCUACGACCUCAGGUCAUCCAGAUCUACUCAUUCCUUAAAUCUACAUCCAGCACCACCCCCCGAUUCAGUAUCCCGAUCCUCUCCCGAACAAUCGUCACUAGCCCCCACUUGCGCAUCUCUUCAAUCCCCGCCGAAACGCCUACUCCAAUUUCACCUCCCUCAGAAGCCCCGCCUACUGUACAAUCUGAUCCGGCGCCCACUGCACACAAUUCCCUUUCUCUCUUAACAGCACUCAAUGCCCAGCCGUCGAAAUACAUCAUGGUCAAGAUCCAGGGUUUCACCUUCCUCGUUACAACGGGAGAUAAGGUCGUGCUACCGUUCCUUCUCAAGGACGUCAGGGUUGGUGAUACUCUACGGUUAACGCAUGCGACUACGUUGGGGUCAAGGGACUACACAAUGAAGGGGAAUCCGUACAUCGAUGAGCGGCUUUUUGAAUGUCGAGCUACUAUUAUUGAAGAGACGGCGGAACCAUUGAGGAAGAAGGAGAAGAAGAAGAGGAGGACUCGAAGGACUAAAACGGUGAAGAGUAAGCAUCGGUACAGUGUGCUAAUAAUCAAAGAGUUGGUUAUCAACGAUGUACCUCCUGCGCUAGCGACAGCGGCAGGCAGUAGCACUCCUAGAUAGGGGGGGGUUGUAAGGGCGCCAACAGGGAGGGGAAAAGAGGGAAAGGGAGGCGAAGGAAGCACUGGAUGGGAUCCUUCAUAAUUGACUGUACAUAGAGAUUCUACUCGGAUAUGGAUGUAAAAAUCGAGUAUGACAGGGAUAAAACCGGGCACUACGGGAAUUAUACAGAUAAGAGAUCGAAGAAAAAAA